AGCAGUUCAACUUAAUAAGUGUCUCUUUCUUUGCAAUAGUCUCCUUUAAUAUAAGUUUUGCCAUGGUCUUUAGGUUUUCGAAUUUAGCCUGUGAGAGCUACAAUGAGAAAUUGUUUGUGUUUCACAGUUGUCGCCUUAAGGCCAUAAGUCGGGAUAAAGUAACCAUGAAUAUGAAUGGAACGGUUAUGUAUUCGGGAAAGAAUAUCAAAUUUCAUGUGAGAAUUUUUAAACGCGAAAAUGGUUUUAAGCCCUGGUUAUUUAACGUCAAAUUCGAUGGCUGUCGCUUUAUGCAAAAGCGUAAUGUUCCCAUUAUUAAAAUAUUAUUCAAUAGUUUCAAGGAAUAUUCCAAUUUGAAUCACACGUGUCCUUUUGUGGGUCCACUUAUUAUUCAGGGAUUUUAUUUGAAACCCGAACUAUUAGUUCUUCCUAUUCCCACCGGUGAAUAUAUGAUUUCUUUUCGGUGGUUCUAUGAUGACAAGCUCCAAAGUGACUUAAAUGUAUCUUUUGUCUACGUUGAGGAUAUUAAAGUUGGUGAAACGAAAUAG